UUCAAUUUUUAUGUGCAAGAACUCUCUCUUUUCAAUAUCAUCGUUCCAUUUUAGACACUAAAACAAAAUCCUCAUAUCAAGAAAGAAAUUAUGUAUUCUCAAAUGUCAUUUUACAUUUGCAGACCUAAUCUAGUUUUACUGCAACCAAAAACAAAUUGGUCGUCCAGUUCCACGGCUGAUGGCAAAAGAAUUGGUCAUAGUACUCAAGUUCCACGGAAUGUUAAUAUGGAGAGUCUUAAAAGUGGAUAUUUGUUUCCUGAGAUAUCCAUUCGAGAGUUUGAACAUAUGCAGAAGAGGCCACAUGCAAGGUUGAUAAGACUUGGUAUUGGUGAUACCACUCAACCUAUACCAGAAAUCAUAACAUCCGCUAUGGCUGAGCACGCAUAUGCUUUAUCAACUCUUCAAGGUUAUAAAGGUUAUGGAGCUGAACAGGGCAACAUGGACUUAAGAAUGGCAAUUGCAGAAAGAUUUUACAAAGAUAUGGGUAUAAAAGGUCAGGAGAUUUUUGUAUCAGAUGGGGCACAGGCUGACAUUUCUCGCCUUCAGAUGCUUCUGGGAUCCAAUGUCACAGUGGCGGUGCAGGACCCAUCUUUUCCGGGUUAUAUAGAUUCCAGUGUAAUUAUUGGUCAAGCUGGAAAGUAUGAAGAGGAGACUGGAAUUUACAAAAAAAUUGUGUACAUAAACUGUGGAUCUGAGAAUAAUUUUUUUCCUGAUUUAUCAAACACUUCAAGAACACAGAUAAUUUUCUUCUGCUCUCCAAACAAUCCAACUGGUAAUGCAGCGUCAUGGGAUCAAUUAAAGCAACUGGUGGAUUUUGCAAAGAGAAAUGGGUCUAUAAUUGUUUAUGACUCUGCGUAUGCUGCUUAUAUAACAGAUGAAAGCCCAAGAUCAAUUUUUGAAAUUCCCGGUGCCAAAGAGGUUGCUAUUGAAAUUUCAUCUUUCUCAAAAUUUGCUGGAUUCACAGGAGUCAGACUUGGUUGGACAGUUGUUCCUGAAGAACUGUUAUAUUCUAAUGGAUUUCCUGUGAUAAAGGAUUUUAAUCGCAUUGUUUGCACCUGUUUUAAUGGUGCUUCAAAUAUUGUUCAGGCUGGAGGUCUAGCUUGCCUUUCUAAUGAGGGUUACAAGGCAGUGAACAGUGUGGUCAACUACUACAAGGAGAACGCUAAAAUACUGGUUGAAGCAUUUCAAUCACUAGGACUGAAAGUCUAUGGAGGAAAAAAUGCCCCUUACAUAUGGGUACAUUUUCCAGGAAUGAAUUCUUGGGAUGUAUUUAAUGAAAUUCUCGAAAAAACAGAUAUAGUAACUGUUCCAGGCAGGGGAUUUGGACCCGGUGGUGAAGGGUAUAUCAGAAUUAGUGCAUUUGGACAUAGAAAAAGUAUACUGGAAGCUUCCGCGAGGCUGACAAAAUUAUUUAACUAAUUUGAUUAUAGACCAAAAGUUAAUCGAUUAGAUGAUGUAUGAUCCAAUAAUCCAGUUAUGAACUGCUUACUUCUUUCUUUAUAAUAAUGUCCACAAAGUUUUUUGAAAGGAAAAAAAAAUUUGAAAAUGUCAAAAUUAGAAAAAAAAUAUAAUAGAUACAAUCUUUUA